AUGGAAACGGAGCGAUCCCCGUCCAUUGAAAGUCGGCUCAAGGUCGUAACAAUCCGGCGACUAUACUUUUGUCAGUACAGCUCUAGUUGUCGAUCAAACAUCUCAACUAGCGUUUGGAGAUUAUUUACAAUAAUGCACCUCAAACGAAAUGACCCUAAACCACUGAUUGAUCCUAAUCGCCUAACUCUCAUUGGAUUCAGAUUUUGCCCUUAUGUUGAUCGUGUCAGACUAAUAUUGAGUUACUACAAGAUUGAUUAUGAUCUUAUCAAUGUUUCAUUGGCUUCAAAACCUGAAUGGUUUUUAGAAAUGUAUCCAAUUGGCAAAGUUCCAUUAUUAUUAUUACCAAAUGAACAAAAAUUACCAGAAUCCGAUGAGAUUAUACGUCAUAUAGAUAAAUUAUAUGGUUCUGAAACUUUAUUAUCCCAUUGUGGUAUUGAAGAAUUUGAAAAAGCUAAAGAACUUAUUACUGGUAUAUCGAGACCAAGUUAUAUGAUUAUGUGUGUGCAAGAAAUAAAUCUAUGUGAUGUAUCAUUGUAUCGAGCAGCAUGCAAUAAGAUAAAUGACGCUAUCAAAGGUCCAUAUUUUACUGGUCCUGAAUUAAGUCUAGCCGAUUUGAUCUUGUUCCCACAUUUGCAUCGAUUCGAAGUAGUUAUGGGUCGAAUAACCGGUAAAAAACCAGAAGAAAUCAAUGAACUAAAUAUAAAUGAUGAAUUACGUAAAGAAUUCCCAAAAUUGACUGAAUUUUUAGAUACAAUGCGUAAACAACCAUUUGUGAUUGAUGUUACUAUCCCAUAUCGUAUUCAUGUUGAAUAUGCGGCUUCAGUACUUUCAGGUCAUGCUAAUCCAGACAUAGAAUAGUUUCUAAUUAUUUCUUUAUAAUAAUUCAUUUUGUUUAUUUAAAGACGAUAUUAAUUUUAUUGAAUAUCAUGAUAUGAUUGUUAAGAAAAUGAUUAUCAUCGUAUUAUAGUACAAUUAUAAAUAAUUGACUAGUUAUGUUAUUUAUCUUUCUAUAAACGAUAAAUUCGAUGAUGGUAUAUCGUAGGUAAACAUCAUCAUCAUCAUCUUUUGUUUCCAUUAUUUUAUUCCUUGUAAAAUGAUUUUCUUUUAGAUGUUAUUUACUAUUAAUGUAUGUCGUCGAUUGGUAGUAUAAUCAUACUCACAGUUACUGCAUCUAAUGAAUAAAAAUUCCUGAGUGUAACAUAUGGUAAAUGUUAGUUCCAAUCAAUAGUAUGACUCCUAAAUGCCCUGGUACGGCCGAGAGUGGGGAGAGUCCGCUUUCCCUCUUGAAACGCUUUUACAUCGCCACGCGUAUAUAGCCUCUGUCAGGGAAGUCCUACUCACUGCGUUCUCGUGGUGUUACUGUUGUUUACAAAAUUCAGAGGACGAAAAGCGAAUGUCCGGCGCUUCAACCAGGUUGGUGGACACGGAGAUUCCACCUAGGGGAGUUGGAAAACCCUGACUCCAAACCAGUGGUGCACACGGGCUGUAGUAUCCUGAGGCAGCGAAUGGCGUAUGAGCCAAUCGUUGGUCACCGGCUACCAUGGGACUGCUUCUCCUGACGUUGCUCCGCUGGGUUGUGGAUCAGACCUAUAGAAAACCAUGUGCUUCGGUUUGGGCACCCGGUCAGUAUCACAGCCCUCAAACAAAUCAAAUGAGAUUUGUGUGGCGCAUAUGUAUCUAGUACCACUAUCUAUGUGUUCGUAUAAAUACAAUAAAAUAGGAGAUUAAACAUAUUUAAGCGAGACUAUAAUUUACGGACGAACCAAUCACGUAUAAGAUAACAAGUCUCAGAUUUUGGCGCGAAAUUCACUCAUCUAUUUGGUCAAAUAGCGUCUUGGCAUCAUAGUGAUGUCAGUUCGCGAUGAAAAUCCUAAAUCUGAUUUCUAACCUUAAUCAUCAACUGUAAAUCAUAAUUCUAAUUCCUCACUCGUUUAUAACACUCACUUGGUCGUAGCUAUUAGAUGGACAUCCUCAAGGUCAGUUUAGCGUCGCUCAGAAGUCAAUAAAUUACAGUCUCACUCAAAUUUACAACAAUUUAUCUGUUUAGGAUGUGUUGUAGCUACGAAAAGAAUUCGUGAUGCGUGUUUCGUCCUGUUUAGUACUCGUCAGCCGGAUCUACUUGCAUCCUAGUAUUGGUUGUUUACACUGGGACUUAAAACUAGUGCUUUUUAUUUCAAAUGGCCAAUGCGUUAUCCACUAGGCUGAUGAUUGCAGAUAACCAUUCACUUGUGAAAUGAUUAUGAUGUUUAGACCAUUAUGAAUAUUGGGCUUAAGUCAUCCCGUCGUUGAUAUUAAUGACUGAGUUUGAUCAGUCUUUGUUUUCAUAAAUACAUGUAUCCUGUACUGAUCGGACUUGAUAUAACCAUUGUGUCACAAGUUACUUAGAAUAGGUGUAUGGAAAUCGACAAUACGUUAGCUUAAACUCCUACUGAUAAAUAACGUAUGUCUGCUGGUAUUUUUCCGGCUUAUGAAACUGAUCAAGUAUUUCAAUAUAGGAGUCUGUUUAAACAUUUCACGUCACCUUAGCACUUCUUAUAGUGACAUCGGUCAGAUGAAUUUAGCGACCAAUAUAUAUCAUGUCGUAAUAAACACUACCAUUAUAUUCCUAUGGAGAUAUUCCUUUAGGCCUACGUUAUCAGAUGUUUCGAAUAAUUAUUUAUUUUCGUUCAGAACCCAACACAAUUGGUAAUCCAGGUAGCCGAGUUCCUUGAAAUAUGUUCCUUAUCUACUCAUCUGUUUUAUUUUUAAAUCUUAGGAUAGUGUCAGCAUAUAAGUACGGAAAAAAGCUGCUUAUGAAAUAUUACAUCUUAUUUCCUUGGUCAGCCCUAAUGGGUUGGUGUUUGACGAAAUCUCAACACGAAUUCGAAAAGCUCGUUUGGCUUUCGUCAACUUACGUCACCUAUGGCGAAGGCGAGAUAUCCAUCUAUCGAUUAAGGGACGAGUAUACUGCGCAACAGUUCGUCCUGUUCUACUUUACAGCUGCGAAACGUAGCCAUUAAGAGUAGAAGAUACUCAGAUGUCUUAGGAAUAUUGCUCGCAUCUGCUGAGAUCACAACGUAAGUAAUAGUGAGGUUACACAGAUACAGGGUAUUAGAGAAUGAUUGUAAAGUAGUUGAUAAGAUUGUCAAUCUUCAUCGACUGAGAUGGUUGGGCCACGUGUUACGCAUGCCCAAUCACCGAUUACCACGACGCGCAAUGCUGACUGGUUGGAAGAAAGUUAGGGGCGGCCAAACCAAAACGUGGCAUCAGUGCUUAAAGUCACUAACUUCUAGUCUGAGCCAUGUUGGUAGAUGGAGGCUACUUGGUUAGGGUCCGUGUGACUAUCAUAAUCAAUGGUUGGAGACUGUGUGACAUAGUUCAGAAUCGAUCACAAUGGUGUAGGUGUAUACACUCUCUGUCUUCCCUUAAACUGUGAGAUUAAAAUCGCUUCAUAUCUUCCUUUCUACGUACUAAUUCUUUCUUCCUGUACUAUAUCCUUAUUGCAAUCUUUAUUUUAUAUAUUACCACCACUGAAUUAACUACUUCUAUGAAUUCGGUGUUCAUGUUGUUGUGCUAAUGAGGUAUGGCAACUUGGACCGAUGCAUAUAUGUGCUUGGUCCUAUGUUGUAAUUGACUGAUUCCCUUGAUCAUAUUCAUAAAAAAAUUUUGUACGAUAAGAUUCUCUGAAUAAAUUAAAUCAGAUCUGUGGAC